AGGGUGGUUCAUAGUUCGUCAACCGGAAUGCAACCGUAAACAAGGUCUUUCUUACUGUACAGAACAAAACGUCAUUCGCUCGCUGACCUGGUGCAGCUAAGCAGACAGCAUUGCAAUGUAUUGGCUCCCCUUCAGCAGCUGCAAGAUCUGUGUGGCCAUAAUGCCCAUAUAACCAUAAAAUAAACCCAUCCAGGUCCUCGGCUCAAAUCUAACACUAUUUAUUUCCUUCUAUAAAAUAUUCAGCCUGUACCCUCCAUACUGACCAACUGGCCCCACCGGCUCAGUCUCAGGCCCCACUGCUGGGUGCGCCCCUCUACGCUACGCGCGUACUAUAAACCCCGCUCACACAGCCGCCACGCCUUCCUCCGGACGCCAGUCUGCGACCGCCAAGCGCCGAGCGCAGCCAGGUGUCGCCCGGCCAAUGUGACUUGCAGACGAAGCUCGCUCUCGAUGGUGGCAAGGUGCGCGUACGCCGACGCCGGCGGGUUGUUCCGCAUCUGGCCGAUCUUCUCCGCCGCCGCGCUGCGGAGGAAGGUGCUCGAGGUUCUCACGUGCGGCGGGGGCGGUGCCGGCGGCGAUGGAGGAGGCGGCUCCUCCUGCCGUGGACGGUCGGCGUACCGGUCGCCGCAGCGGAUGCCGAGGCCGAGGCCGCGGUCGGACAGGCUCGCGGAGCUGCUCAGGGCCGAGGAGCAGCCGUCCGAAUGCAGCGACGAGGCUGAGGCCGCCGAGGCGGCGGACGUCGCGGCGGCCAGGAAGGUGCAGGCGUUCGAGGAGCUCAAGGGCGUGGUCGGGGCGCUCCAGGACGGCGGUUGCAUGUCCCGCGUCGACGCGGCCAAGGCCGUGCGGAAGAAGGCCAAAGACGACGCCGGUGCCAGGGAGAUGCUCGCGAUGCUCGGCGCCAUCCCGCCGCUUGUCGCGAUGCUCGACGAGGGCGGAGAGGAUAUCACGACCGCUGCGCUGUACGCGCUGCUAAACUUGGGGAUCGGCAAUGACACGAACAAGGCGGCGAUCGUGCAAGCCGGUGCCGUGCACAAGAUGCUCCGCAUUGCGGAGGGCGGCGGCGCGUCCGGCGCGCUGACGGAGGCCGUGGUCGCCAACUUCCUCUGCCUCAGCGCACUCGACGCCAACAAGCCCGUCAUCGGCGCGUCCGGGGCCGCGCCGUUCCUCGUGCGCGCGUUCCAGGCCGCCGCGUGCUGCUCCACCGAGCAGGCGCGCCACGACGCGCUGCGCGCGCUCCUGAACCUCUCCAUCGCGCCCGCCAACGCGCCGCACCUGCUGGCGGCCGGGCUCGCGCCGGCGCUGGUGGCGGCCGUGGGGGACGCCGCAGCCCCCGUGACGGACCGCGCGCUCGCCGUGCUCUGCAACCUCGUGGCGGCCUGCCCCGAGGGCCGCCGCGCCGUGAGCCGCGCCCCCGACGCGGUGCCGUCCCUCGUCGACGUGCUCAACUGGGCCGACGAGCCCGGGUGCCAGGAGAAGGCGGCCUACGUGCUCAUGGUCCUGGCGCACCGUAGCUACGGUGACCGUGCGGCCAUGGUCGAGGCCGGCGCCUCGUCCGCGCUCCUGGAGCUGACGCUCGUCGGCACGGCGCUCGCGCAGAAGCGCGCGUCCAGGAUCCUGGAGAUCCUCCGCGCCGACAAGGGCAAGCAGGUCGCGGACGACGCCUCAGGCGUCGUGGCGACGGUGUCGGCGCCGCAGGAGCGCAGGUGCCGCGGGGACGGGGAGGAGUCGGUGGACGGGGAGUUCGCCGACGCCGGCAUGAGCGCAGAGAAGCGCGCCGUGCGGCAGCUGGUUCAGCAGAGCCUGCAGAGCAACAUGCGCCGCAUCGUCCGGCGCGCGCGGCUGCAGCAGGACUUCGCUCCGGCAUCGACCGAGAGCCUCAAGGCGCUCACUGCCUCCUCCACCUCCAAGAGCCUGCCGUUCUAGGAGACGAUGCCAAGCCCCACAGAGGCCAGAAAAACACAGCAAGGAAGAAGAGGCCAGGAGAGUAAUGAGGAGACUUUUGCUAGCUGCCGUCUGCGCUGCAUCUGCAUUCCGCCGUUGUUGCAUGCGUCGGAGACCGGGAAUCUUUGGGGUGCCUGAAGCGGGGUGAUGAGAAAAUGAGCUAAUCUAAUCACUUGUUUAUGGGCUGCUCGCUUGCUCGUCGCCCUUUUCUCGUGCCUGCUGAUGGAACCCACGUGCACGGGCCGACCUGUUCAAAUUCAGACGACAGACAAGAGCUGGCUUUGAGAUGUUCUCCUAAUCGCUUUCGCAUUUGUUAAUCGCUUCGAUUGUUCUCUUUCGCUUUUGUAUAUGGGAAUAGCUAGGUUAAGUAGUUUAGUCAUACUACAUCUAGUAGCCAGUGCGUGUCAGGGCUUUGCUCUUUAGGUGUGUGUGUGCACAUGUUCUUGUGUUGGAGAGUGUGGUAGGGUAGUGGAAAGUUUUAGAAGAACUAGAAAGAGGAUGUAGACUUUUUAUAUAUUUAUAAACUAUGAUGCUGGCUCAUUUAUAAUUUUUUUAUAGCCUGUUCGCUUAAAUUUUUUAUA